CACUUCCGGCGGCAGCGGAGACCGAUCCCGGGCUGGGAUGUGAGGAGCAGGAACCGAGCGCCGACAGAGCUCCGCAGUGUUUGAUAUCGGAUACCAAGUGGAACUUUUACAAAUAAAAUGUGAGUGCUCGGAGGAUUCGAUUAAAGGAUUACAUCCGUACCUGUGCAAUAGGUCAUCAAAACUUGUAAUGAAAUGGAGCUAGGGACCAACUCUUUCCGUGUGGAGUUCCCUGAUUUUUCCAACACCAUUUUGCAGAAACUAAACCAACAACGUCAGCUCGGGCAAUUAUGUGACAUCUCCAUUGUUGUUCAGGGCCACCUCUUCAGAGCACACAAAGCUGUCCUUGCAGCGAGUUCACCAUACUUUUGUGACCAAGUACUUCUCAAAAACAGCAAGAGAGUCAUUCUUCCUGAUGUGAUGAAUCCAAGGGUAUUUGAGAACAUUCUUCUGUCCUCCUACACGGGAAGGCUGUCCCUGCCAGCUCACGAGAUUGUGAGUUACCUAACAGCCGCAAGCUUUCUGCAAAUGUGGCAUGUUGUUGAUAAGUGCACAGAACUUUUGGAAGGUAACCCAACACUCCUGUGUCAGAAGACAAAUCUCAGUAAUGAUCAUCAAUCCCCAAGUAGCAGCAACUAUAAUGGCCUUGCAGAGAACUUUGAGCUCGGGACAGGAGGACAAACUGACUUUCGAAAGGGAGAGGAAAUAAGAGAAGGAGACCAUGAGGACGAGAGCCCAAAAGAUGAUGAAUUGUCUUCUCAGUUGACAGAGCAUGAGUACCUACCUAGCAACUCUUCCACCGAACAUGACCAACUCAGCACAGAGAUGACUAGUCAAGAUGGAGAAGAAGGUGCCAGCGACAGUGCUGAUUACCACUACACCCGCCCAGUGUACAUUAAACCAAGCAUUAUGUCACACAAACGAUGGGUCCAUGUGAAACCAGAAAGAUUUGAGCAGGAAUGUGAAAGUGUGGAGGUUCACCCUCCCUUUGAAGAUCAUGUUUCAGAAUCCAUUAACAGUGGGCAGGUGGAACCUGCAAUCCAGUCGUCUGGAGUAGGAGAUGCUUUUGACUUCUGUAAUAAAAAGGCCAUAGAACUAGAUGGCCACAGUAAUAAUAACCAUUAUGACGAUCAUGUUGACUUCUAUGGGGCUUCCAUGGAAGAGUUUUCUGGAGAACGCGAUGACCACCCUGAAGGCCAAGGGGGUGAAAACACUUCAGCAGGGUAUUCAGAAGGUAUCGAUGUGGCUGCUGGCAUUAAAGAGGAAACCUCUCCAUCUGGUUUUACCGCAGUUGUUUACAAACUCUACCCUUGCCAGUGUGGUAAAAGUUUUACGCACAAGAGCCAGAGGGAUAGACACAUGAGCAUGCAUCUUGGUCUCCGACCUUAUGGAUGUGGUGUCUGCGGUAAGAAAUUCAAAAUGAAGCAUCAUCUUGUAGGUCACAUGAAAAUUCACACAGGAAUAAAACCAUACGAGUGUAAUAUCUGCGGUAAACGGUUUAUGUGGCGAGACAGUUUCCACCGGCACGUCACAUCUUGUUCAAAAUCCUACCACGCAUCAAAGGGGGGAGAGCAGGCACAGAACGAAAGCCAAAUAUGAAGUGACGUGUAUGUGUUUGAUGUACAGAUAAAUAUAAAGAUGGUAUGUGUGUGCCUCCGAAUAGACUUCCAAACACUAUUCUAACAUUGGGGGAGGGGUAAAGCAAUAAACCAGAUAAAAUAAUAGAAUAUGUGCCAAUACCAUUGAUCUGUAAUGGGUAACGUUGCACAUUUUGUGUGUGGUCUACAUUUCCUAUAAUGUUCCGUCAGAUAUUAAAGCUGCCGUGGGCAGCGUGGGAAAUUUAAUCAGCAAGCAAGAGCUGUGUCUGCGGUGCCCAUUAUUGAUGUAGAUCACUUGUUUUUUUAGGAGAUUUGUGGCUACAUCAACUGAUGGGAACCUUGUAAUCCAUAUGAAAUAUGUAUUUACAGUAUUUAAAAUUGCUGUACUUGUUCCAAUGUUCUAUAAGGGCAUAUAUCACUGUUACCCCUUCUUAAACACAGGUGGGUAAUUUAGAAAGUUGUAGUACAUGAAUCAAGACUCAGAAAUGUGUGUUUUAAUAUGCACACAUGAAUGUAUAUUUAUAA